AUGGAGGGUAGAGACCUAGGAGUAGCAGUAAUUAUGACAGCGAGCACUCAUGUACGCACGGCCGCCCGCCUGGCGCUCGACCCGCGCGCAGCACUAGCGGCGGGCCGCAUGCGCGCCUGGCGCGUCCACGCCUACGGUGCGCUGUCCGAACUGCACCUGGAGGAAGCGCGUGUGCCCCCGCUACGGGCCCCGGACGACGUGCUCGUGCGCGUCUCGGCAGCUUCCCUUAAUCCUAUCGACGUCGCCAUGAUCGGCGGAUACGGCGCACGAGCUCUGAACACGCUGCGAGCCCUGGACGGCGAAGAUGACAUAGAAUUCCCGUUGGUGCCCGGGCGUGACUUCGUCGGCACGGUGGAGCGCGCCGGGCCCUUCUCGCGCCUGCGCCCCGGCACACGCGUCUGGGGCGUCGUGCCGCCACACCGCCAGGGCAGCCACGCAGAAUUCGUCGUCGUCAAGGAUCACUGGGCGGGGCCGGCGCCGUCGACGUUAAAGGACCACGCAGCGGGAGGUGCACUGUACGCGGCCCUCACGGCGUGCUCGGCGCUGAGGGCGGCGGGACUGCCACCGGAGGGCCCGGCGCUCACCGGCGGUGCCGCACAAACGCGGGUGUUGCUGCUGGGCUUGGGUGGUGUGGGGCAAGCCGCCCUGCAGCUGCUAGUGCAACGAAAUAUAGAGGUGACGGUGGGAUGCUCCGGCGAACAAUCGAAGCUGGCGGAGGAGUUGGGCGCGGCGCAGGUGUUCGACCGUCACCGUGACGACUACGAUCGUCGGCUGGAGAGCGGCGGACCGUACCUGGCGGUGUUGGACUGCGCGGGGCUGGGCGGCGGCGAGGCCAGCGCGCGGCGCUGGAGCUUCGCGCGCUACGUGACGCUCACGACGCCGCUGCUGCGCCACAUGGACGCGCGCGGCGUGGCGCCGGGCGCGCUGGCGGCGGGCGCCGAGCUGCUGGCGCAGGGCGCGCGCGCGGCCGGGGCGGCGCUGCGCGGGGGCGCGCCGGCUCCGUGCGCGGCGCUGCUGCCGCCGCACGUGCGCUGGGCCUUCUUCUCGCCGCGCGCCGAGGACGUAGCUCUCCUCCACCGUCUCGCCGAACGCCACCAGUUCAUAGUGUGCGUGGAGCAGGCGUUCCCCUGGUGGCGCGGGGGGGAGGCGUACGAGCGCGCGGCGCGGGGGGGUGCGCGGGGCAAGCUCGUGCUCGACUUCAGCGCCGCGCGGGGCUCGGCUGGCGCGAGCAGCUCUAUGGACUAG